AGACGAGUCACCACGAACACGACAGACACAGGAGCGCACAGGGUGUAAACAUGUUUAAUCUAUAUCGGGACCUGAGGAAGAGGGAGCGUGAUGAUGAUGAAGAGCAGGAUGAAGCUGAACUGAAGAGGAAACGUAACAGUUUGGGGAAGAUGGAGUCGACUGGUCCCAGGCCUUUGUCACUGAAGAGUGAUCAUUCUAUGGGUCAUCCUAUGACCUUUCAACGAGAGCCCAAAAGUUUGGGGAAGAUGGAGUCGACUGGUCCCAGGCCUUUGUCAGUGAAGAGUGAUAGUUCUAUGUUUGAGCCUAUGACCUUUCAACCAGAGCCCAAAAGACCCCAGCGUCCAGUUUGUUGCGUUUGUGAAGAGACUUUUGAAGAAGACCCUUUGUAUUUGACCUGUCCACAUGUGGCCUGUCCUCGCUGUGUAAUGGACGACACACAGAUCCACUGCCCUCAGUGUGGCACCGACCACAAACUGACAGGGGACAGUAAACUCUUUGACUUAACUGAGAAACUGAAGAAGGAGAUGCUCAACAGGUUUUCUAUGACGACUGAAGGAACCAGAGAUGAGAGGACUCCCCUGAACCACAUCUACACUUCACUGUCCAUCAACGUUGGCAAGACAGAGGUUGUCCCAGAGCACUACUCCAAACACAUGAUGAUGAAAGAACAGGAUUCUCAAGAAGAAGUCCAAGUCAGUGACCUUUUCCAUAGUUCACCAGUGAAGACCAGAACUAUCCUGACAAACGGCGUGGCCGGAAUCGGAAAAUCUUUUUGUGUCCAAAAGUUCAUUGUGGACUGGGCUGAGGGCGCUUCUAAAAAAGAUACUCCUUUUGUUUUCUGUCUGGCUUUCCGAGAGCUUAAUCUGGUCAAAAAUGACACAAGUCUGCUCCAGCUCCUGACUGACUUCCACCCCGCUCUGAGCAGCAUAGACCCACAGGUCUUAGACUGCACUAAAGUGAUCCUGAUCCUGGAUGGUUUUGAUGAAAGCCGGUUUGACCUGGACUUCAGAAACACAGAGAGAGUCACGUCGCUCCAGGAGGUCACUUCUGUGUCCAGCCUCAUGUUCAACCUGAUCCAGGGAAACCUGCUCCCUAAAGCCCAUCUCUGGAUCACCUCUCGGCCGGCGGCUGCUCAUCAGAUCCCUGGAGAGUUCAUCCACUCAGCCACUGAGAUUCAAGGUUUCAACAACCUCCAAAAGGAAGAAUAUUUCAGGAAGAGGUUCAAGAGCAAACCAGACCUCGCUGACAUGGUGAUUUCUCACGUGAAGUCAUCACAGACGCUGGACUUGUUGUGCCAGAUCCCCAUCUUCUGCUGGAUGUCCUCUGUUUUAUUUGAGGAGGUCUUUGGAGGAGAGGAGCAAACUGGAGCUCCUCAGACCCUCACUGAGAUGAUGGCAGCAUUUGUGUCUAUUCAAACCAAGCGCAGCAGCAGAAAAUAUGACAAGAACCCAGAGAAAGAGAGAACCAAACUUCUAAAAGCUAAAAGAGAGCUCCUCCUUAAAGUCGGCAAACUGGCCUUUAUCCACCUGCUAAAGAACAGCCUGAUCUUUUAUGAAGAAGAUUUACAACAGUGUGGACUCAACCCCAAAAAGGACACAGUCAAAUCUGGGUUUUUCAACUCCAUUCUCCAACAAGAGCAUCUGUUUUUGCAGCAGAAAGUGUAUUUCUUUGUGCAUCUGACCGUACAAGAGUUCUUCGCUGCUCUUUAUGUUUACGACAGCUUUACCAACAACGAACCCUGGGCUCCAGAGCUGAGCACCUUCAUGGGUCUAGAGUCAUCAGAGCUCUCCUCCAGACCCCCAAUGUUUGACCUUCUAAAGAUGGCCGUCGACAAAGUGUUGGAGAGGAACGGUGGUCACUUGUUCCUCUUCCAGCGUUUCCUUUUUGGUCUUGUGCUUGAAUCAAAUCACAGAUUUAUUCCUGGAUUACUGCUCCCUCUAGAGUCAAGUCAAGACACAGUUAAAAAAAUGUUGAGUCAUCUCAAAACCAUUAGACGCAAAACCGUCUCCCCAGACGCCUGCAUCAACCUGUUUCAAACCAUGGUGGAGAUGGGAGACACCAGGAUCAGUGAAGAGAUCCAGGAGUAUUUAAAGUCAGAGGACAGAGCUCGGGUGCAGCUGACUCCUCUGCACUGCUCUGCUCUGGCCUUCACUCUGCUGGUUUCAAAGAGUGUCCUGGAAGAACUCGAGCUAAAGAGCUACAACACGUCAGAGGCAGGACGACAGAGGCUCAUCCCGGCUGUCAGGAGCUGCAGGAAGGCCAACCUGUCGGACUGCAGAGUGACUGAGGCUUUACUGAAGCCUCUCUCUUCAGCUCUGAUGUUUCCACACUCGUCUUUGAGAGCUUUGGAUCUGACCAACAGUGAUCUGGGGGACUCUGGAGUGGAGCUGCUCUGUGAGGGUCUGAGGAGUCCAGCCUGCAGACUCACAAUACUCAGGUUGUCCGGUUGCUUAGUGACAGACAAAGGCUGUGGUUUUCUGGUCUCGGCUCUAAAAUCAAACCCGUCCCAUCUGAAGGAGCUGGACCUCAGUUAUAACCACCUGGAGUCAGGAGGAAGAGCCCUGACCGAACUAAAGAGAGACCCUCAGUUUAAACACCUCCAGUUUGAUGUAUCUAAUGGUGGAAGUCACAGAAUGAUCCCAGGACUGAAGAAAUAUCUGUGUGUCCUCACCUGGGACAAGGCCUGUGCAGGGGUGCAGUUUUCAGAGGAGCAGAGGACAGCGUCCCGCUCUGAGGACGGCCCAGACUCGGUGCUGGUGCGAGGAGCACAGGGGCUGAGCGGUCGCUGUUACUGGGAGAUCGAGGCCUCUGAACCGUUCAACAUCGGAGUGACACACUGGAGCAGAGGGCUGGAGGAGUUUAGGCUGGGACAAAACCAGACGUCCUGGAGUUUUGUUUGCUCUGAAGGGGGCUGCUACGGUUUCCACGACAACAAGAGAUUCCCGGUCUCUGUCCACUGCUCACACGCCGGUCGACUGGCCGUUUAUCUUGACCACACGUCCGGGGUCCUGUCCUUCUACAGAGUCACUGCAGACAGUCAAACACAUCUCUACACUUUCAGAGACACAUUCAAUGAUGUUCUGUUUGCUGCUGCUGAGCUGAAGAUGAAGGGCUUUGCCAAAUUUUACCACGAUCAGAGCAGACAAGAAUAACCUUUAACCUCAGAAAUCAAUGAUUCAAGAGUCGAUGAAGGUGAUCGGUGUAGGGGACAGAGCCACUGUCUCAGCUCCAGUCAGUGCAUGGGACAUUUUUUUUACCCCAUUCUCAUUUAAAAAUGUUCAAAUGGCAAGUGUCAAAAAUUACACUACAAAAAAAACAAAAAAACAUGUGAUAUAACUGACCUAGGUAUGUGGAAUCAAAUGCUCGCUCACAGACGAAUGAAGCCAGUCCCUCGUCAAAGUAAGGAACAUGUUUAUUUCAUGAAGUUUAUAUCAUUUAUCUGUCCUCCUCACAGUCACAUGUAAAAGACGAGGUUUAGUGUCACUAGAUGUUCACUAGAGUUCACAAAACUCAAGUGAACGUGUGCUAGCCGUUAGCUUGAUCUAAAAUAAAAUGUCAAAAGGUUUACACAUUUAGCAAUUACUUUUAACGAGGCUCUGACCUUAGUACCAGCCGACACCCUCUGGAUUAUUAUUAUUAUUUUUGUGGGUUAAUGCUAACGGCUACUAGAAAAAAUGCAGGGACAGGCUCCAGUGUUCCAAAUCUUCCCGGACUAGACGAGUUGCU